AUGAAAGUCAUAAAGGAGGACGGAAGUUCAAUAUAUAAACUCACCGAUUUUGGAGCGUCACGAGUCUUGGAGGAAAACGAACAAUUUAUGUCCUUGUGUGGCACGGAGGAAUAUCUGCACCCUAACGUGUUCGAAAGGGCGAUCCUUCGCAAAAAUCAAAAUCAAAGUUUCCAAUCCACCAUUGACCUUUGGUCGCUUGGGGUCACGUUGUACCAUGCGGCAACGGGGGCUCUUCCCUUUCAACCUUACGGAGGGUUGAGAAACAACAAAAGGAUUAUGUAUGAGAUGAUCAGUAAGAAAGAAUUUGGCCACAUAUCCGGGGCGCAGACCUCCCCGAAUGGUCCCAUUCAGUGGAGCAACAAACUACCGGACUCUUGCCGAUUGAGUGCCGGUUUGAAACGCAUAAUCACCCCGAUGUUAGCCAAUUUAAUGCACGUUGAUUCAAAACGAUCCUUUGAUCGAUUUUUCACAGAAGUAGACAAAUUACUUUCCAGAAAAUGCAUACAUGUGUUUAAUGUUAGUGGAGCUGAAUUAAUUAGAGUAUACCUUUCCAAACAGGAAGAGUAUGCUGUUUUUGAGGAGAAUAUUAGAGAGCAAACGAAUAUAACAACAGAAAAUCAACUAAUUCUUUAUGACAUGAAUGCUAUAUACGGAGAAAUUCAAUUUGAAACGUCAGAAAAUAAACCGUUAUACUUAUUUAAUAAAGACAAAACCAGAGAAAUAAGUAUUCAAAAUAUCGAAUUACCUUCAUUGGAAAGUUUUCCUGAGGUUUUAGAUCUUGAAAAGGACGCAUAUUUAGCACAAAUUGCUUACACAACAUCUUGUAAAUGCAAGCAGUACAUUGCAAAAAUAUCACUAGUUUGUAAAUUAUUGUGUGACUCUGUCAAGACCUUCUCAAAGUUUCUUUGUAAAAAUCUAAAAAAACUGUACAACACAAGCACACAUUUAUCAGCCAAGUACACUUUAAUUGUGAAUAAAGCCGAUUCCAUUUGGUUUACGAAAAAGCUGAUUAAAUACUUAUCAAAAAAUUGCGAAAUGUCGGAGGACAUCAGUAAAGAACAUCUUAAGAAUUUGCGCACUAAGAUUGAACAUUUGCAUGAAACGGAAUGCGAAUAUAACCAUUUAUUUUUAAAAUGGGAAGCCAUUGUUUGCUGUCUGAAAUGCCCCCAAAAAACGUUAGCAACGGCAAAGGCGGAGACUUUCGAAAAUAUUUUAUUCGAAUCGUGGAUGAAAUUUGAAAGAGAUCGUGACACCGGCAAAUUAACCGGAGGCGACGAAGAGUGUCAUUUAUUUGAAAGGAACAGGAUAUCUGAUGUAUUUUAUCGGAUGCUGCAUCUACUCGAGACGGAAGUGCAGUCGCAAUAUGUUCAGUUCGUUCGUGGAUUUGAUGAAUGGUUCGAGGCCGCUUUGCAGAUUUAUGAAGAAGUGGUGAGGUUGGAGAAAAGUUUGGUAGAGUUCGAAGAAAUUUUGGACGAGUUCGACAUGAAACUUUGCGUCAGCCGAUGCGGUCUUGUCGAUUACGUUAAAAGUAUUAAUCGAAAACAGACAUUUUCUGAAACUCAUAAAAAUGACAACUCGACGAAAGAUGUGCUUCAAAAAGUUAAGAUGGAUAUUCAUAAUUUAUUGAACAAUAGUAGGGACAUUAGAACGCAAUUAUUGGAAUAUUGUUAA